AUGGAUAUACCGCUUCAGGAGGAUCUUCUGAGUCCUUAUCCCAUCGACUAUCCAAACUUAGGCACUUACGACUGUGAAUACGACCUUAUCAGCCAAAACUCUACUGUCAGUUCUGCAGCCAGUACAUUCCUGGCGAAACUACCGUAUACUCCACUUCCCGGUUUUAACGAUGGAAAAAAGGAGUUUCAUGAGCUCAUAGACUUAAUUGCUGAUAUCGAGGUUGAUGAGAGGUCAGUUUAUCAUUUUUUUGAAUUUCCUGUUAGCAAAAAAUAGGUCCGAAUAUGUCACUUUAAAUGUUUUUCUCUGAUGAAAUCGCCUCAAUUCGAGCAAGGGGGGAGGAUUUCAAAAUGAAAACAUAAAGUUGGUUUUUUGGUUAUUACGCUUUAUAUGUGGCUGGUUUUUGCAUUGAAGCUUUUUUAAUGAAGAAAAGACAGCUUUCGUGAGCUGAUAGUCUCAAAGUCUAAGUCUAAAAUAUUUAGACGAAAAUGUUUCAAAACCAUUUUUUACGAAAUUUUCGAAGUUCAGUUAACCCCUUCCAAUAUUGAGUACUUAUGUACUUCACAAUUUUUGAAAGGAUUGACUCCAAAAUUCAAUUACAAAAUAGCGUAAACGCCGCGCUGAUCUUGCAUAGCUCCGAAUAGGUUUUUGGUACUUCGAACGGCCUGAGACAAAGAUUUGAGUUUUUAGAACAACGAUCGGCUGGACACUAGUACUGCGUCUUUCAAUACCACUUCUCCUUGAACAGACGUGGAAACUUUUUUAAAUUUUCGUUUGUUUCCAGCCGUCUCCUCGCCUCGCCUGAAGACUUGGACGAUGAUGAUGGUACGGCUCCUUCGGUCGUCAAAAAAGAAGAUGUGCAGUGCAAAGAAAAAGAAACCGAGAAGGAAGCCCCAGAGAAACAGAAAAAGAAGAAAGCGAGUUGCAAAUGUGUUGUCAUGUAA